ACCAAUAACCGAAAGCGAAAAGAAGACGGUUCCAAACAAACAAGCCCCCUAUUCCGAUUACAACCCGGUUCGGUUCCACUAUCACCAAUCUCAUUGGCUAAUCCAUAAUUAACUCUUAACUUGAUCAAAUCUCUCAAUUUCACAACCGACAUCUUCAAUUCAACAACAAAUUCACUACCUAAGCCUUUUAACUUUCAAUCUGCACACACAAUAAUCCACUCAAAUCACGGAUUUCAAACGAUCUCUAACCACCAGAUUUGUUGAUUUCACUGCGAAUUUGCCGCUCGCGAGUGUGUUUUAGCGGAACAGAUUUGGUUGGAUCACCGGUGGAUUUUGAAAUUUUGAUUUUGCUGUUAAAAGUUUGUGUUUGUGAGACGAACUUCGGUUAUUGUGAAUGAGGGAGAGGUGUGAGGGAACAAGGCAAUGAAGAGUAGAACAGUAAGACUGGAAUUACAAUGACCGGAGUGCCAUUGGAUUUAAGACCACAGAGUUAUGGAUCACCGCAACAGCCACAAAAUGGUUCGUUGCAGACUCAAAAUGGGUUCGCUACUGCGCGCAAGCCAUCAAGGAUGUCGCUUAGCGGUUCAAGGGAGAAAGAUAAAUUUCUUCCUUUUUUGUGUAGAUAUCUAAGUAGAAAGAAGAUUGUGAUGAUGAUUUUAGGUUUAUUCGCACUCAUGGCUUUCUUAUCAGGGUUCUUUAAUGCCAAUAGAGAAGACGUAUCAGAGAGCACGAUCUUCAAUCGUUUUAGCGAUGCUUAUAACACCUCUUUACAGUUCUCUAGAACGUUUCAUAGUCAAAACGAUGAUAUUUCUAAUAUACAAAGAACGUUGUCUAUAUGUGAAGAAAACCCUCCUACCCGCCAUACUUCCAUUGAAUCGCAUUCUUCGGGAUCCGUUUCGUCUCAUAGCAAUUGGUGUCAGAAUUUUGCAUUUCCACCCCCUCCUCCAGGCGAUAGGAGACGACCCGGACCUAGACCUUGUCCUGUAUGCUACCUUCCGGUGGAGGAAGCUAUAGCUAGCAUGCCGAGCGCCACGUCAGCAUCACCUGUUCUUCAACACUUAACUUAUUUUCAUGAGGAGACUUCUACUAAAACCGAACCACACGAAGGCUCAGAUUUUGGUGGGUACCCUUCCAUAAAGCAAAGGAAUGAAUCUUUUGAUAUUAAAGAAUCAAUGACUGUACAUUGCGGGUUUGUAAAAGGUUGCCGACCUGGUUACAAAACCGGAUUCGAUAUCGAUGUAUCUGAUCUUGUGGAGUUGGAGCAAUCUCAUGAUAUUAUUGUUGCAUCGGCCAUAUUUGGAAACUAUGAUGUAAUUCAGCAGCCGACUAAGAUUAGUGAGGCUGCAAGGGAGAAUAUACCAUUUUAUAUGUUUAUUGAUGAAGAAACCGAAGCAUAUAUGAGAAAUUCAAGCGCUUUGGACUACCGAAUGAAGGUUGGAUUAUGGAGAAUUAUUGUUGUACAUAAUGUUCCGUACACCGAUUCUCGACGAAAUGGAAAGGUCCCAAAGCUUUUACUACACAGACUCUUUCCAAAUGUUCGGUAUUCUAUAUGGAUUGACGGGAAGCUGCAACUCGUUGUGGAUCCAUAUCAACUUCUAGAAAGGUUUUUGUGGCGUCACAAUGCUACGUUUGCUAUUUCAAAACAUUAUAGGCGGUUCGAUGUGUUUGAAGAAGCCGAAGCUAAUAAAGCUGCAGGAAAAUACAACAACGCAUCCAUUGAUUACCAGAUUAAUUUUUACAGAAACGAAGGUUUAACACCGUAUUCUGAGGCUAAGCUUCCUAUAAUCAGUGAUGUUCCGGAAGGUUGUGUCAUCAUAAAAGAACAUAUUCCAAUAACGAAUCUCUUCACGUGUUUAUGGUUCAAUGAAGUUGACCGGUUUACUUCAAGAGAUCAGUUAAGUUUCGCUACUGUACGAGACAAAAUCAUGGCUCGAGUCAACUGGAGUAUUAAUAUGUUUAUGGACUGUGAAAGACGGAAUUUCGUGAUACAGGCAUACCAUAGAGAUCUACUAGAGCACAUGCCACCACCUGCAGCUAAAACGAGUAGUUUAAGACGGGCGCGAGUUAAUGUUCCCAUUACAGUUCCUAUACCUGUGAGGGGUAAUACAUCAUCUGCUAAAAGUUCAUUAAAGAAAAACGCUGUUAAACGUGGGAAAGGAGAGAAGAGAUCUCGUUCCAGAAGGCAUGUGAAAAAUCCCGGUAACAAGGACAAUAUGGUCAUUUGAUACUUUGGUUUUUUUCCGCAUUCGACUCUUUUUAACAAAAGAAAGAGAAGGAUAUAGGAUUCUGGUUGUAUGUAGCAUAUGAUAUGAUGGAUAGAAUUUCUCCCAAUUUUGGUUGAUACAUUCAAUUUUUGGUGUAAAUACUCGGAUACUAAAUGUUCUUGAGACGUUUUCUUUUUUGGUUAAUUCAUGCCUUAUUUUGUUCGUUA